CUCAGAGUGGAGGUGCGGGAAGACAAGGGAGCCAGCGUCCUGGGUCCUGGGAAGGGGCAGGCGAGGCGAGGCAGAGGGAGUGGAGGGGGAGGGGGGCGUCGGCCCACGUGCUGGUGGGGGACAGGGAAACAAUGAGGCCUUUGGUGAUUGUGCCGGAUCCACCCCCAACUUCCCAGCGUGUCCCCUCUGCGGGCUGGAUCCGGGUGGUUGCUUGGGGGCGGGGCGGGGGGCCUUGAAUGGGCGCCUUGUCUGAGCGCUGGGUGUGGGCCAGGCUCCCUGGGCACACGGUGCCCUCGCCAGGCCUGGCUAGCCUCCGUGGCUUCCACCCCCAGCUGGCUGAGGAUGGGGCCCUGUGGGUGAGCAGUCCCCUCCUUGACAGCCUCGGCUUGGCUCCCAGGCAGAAGAGGCAGGUAGGGAGAAGGACCCCAUCUAGUGGGGAAGGGGGGAAAGCAGCAGCCUCCACUUCAGGAGAACCCUGGAGACGGGGACCUGCGGAGAGCAGGAUACUGGAGGCCGGCCUGGGUUGGACUCCCGCCCUGGGGCUCCCAAGAUUUACAAGACUUACGACUUGGGCAGAUUCUUUGGUUUUUCUGAAUCUUGUCUUCCUCAUGGGUAAAAUGGCACUGAUGGUAAUACCUACCUGACGGGCAACUGGGAGGGUUACAUGACACACAUGGGAAAUGCCCAGUGAGUACCAGGUGCUCAGUAAAUGUUAGGUUCCCUUCCCUGGAUCUGGGGGAAGAAAGGUGAAGGUGAAGGGAUUGGCUCUGGGGGUUUUGGAAAGGCCUCGGGGGUUGGGGUCAGGGCCAGGCAAGCUCUCACAAUGGGCUAGAAUUCUCCCUCCCUCUGGGUUCUCAUCCACUUUUGACUCCUCUCCCUGUCCCAGGGAGGGGAGGAAGGGCCUAGGGUGAGUCACUGUGGGGAUCUUUCCUCCUGGAUUCUCUAUUUCUUUCUUCACUGCUGUGCUUGAAGCUCCCGAAAGACCCCUUAGGUGGCGGCCAUUGGCCUGCAGCCUGUCCCCCUCCCCUUCCCUACUGAACUAAAUGCUGAUUCUGCCCCCUACCUGGGGCUUGUGUAUCUGGAGAGAUGGCUGCGGUUGUGAGGUUUUUCCGAUGGAUUUGGCGCAAGAUUAGUCGCUGGCUUUUCUUCUGGAAACACAAAGCUAAGUCAACCGUCAUAGAACACACUGAUUCCAAGAAAAAUGUUUCGAAGGUAGAUAAGGCUUCCAAGGUGGUUGAGACUUUGAAGUUGGUUGAGCCCGCCAAAGAGGCUAAGGCCUCCAAGAUGGAUGUGUCCCCCAAAGUGGCUGAUCCCUGCACGUUGGCCAAGACCACCACGGAUGGAGCUGCGGUGGAAGCAGGCCAAGGGAGAAGAUCGCUGUUGCAGCUGCCACAGACUGCUGUCAAAUCCGUCUCCGCGCUCAUGGUCUCAGCCCUGCAGUCUGGCUGGCAGAUGUGCAGCUGGAAGUCAUCCGUGAGUUCUACCUCAGUUGCCUCCCAAAUGAAGACUGGAUCCCCUUUGGAGUCGCGGGAGGCUGAGAUGCUACGGGAAGUGUACUUGGUGCUGUGGGCCAUUCGGAAACAACUGCGGCAGCUGGCCCGCAGGCAGGAGAGGCGGCGAAGGCGCUACAUCCGGGCCCACACUUGCUCCCAAACUGACCCAGUUCAGGGCCUGAAACAGGAUGCCCGGAGUCCUCUCUAGGGGAGCCCCACAUCCUCAGAAAGCCCCCACCUCACUCUUAGGUAAGGUUGGAACAGAAGUCAGGGCAGCAGUCCAGGAGUUGUGAGUGAGGAGAAGUGUUCAUUACUGUCACCUCUCAUCAGGACCCCAAGGCCUGGCCUGGGGUCCCACAUACUCCCCUUCAUUCCUUUUAUUCAGUUUGUAAAAAAUUAUCAAAAUGUUGGGAAAUAAAUUUCAGGUAUUUCUGAGUA